AGCGACGAUGACAGAUAGGAAGAAGCGUCGCGCUGUUUUUUUCUUUUCGCGAUGCCGUUGGAAGCCGGGCCGGCUCGCCUUGUCCGCUCGGCCCAGAAGGACGAGCUCUACCGGGGAGCGCUGAAAAGCAGAGCCGGCUCCGUCUUCUCCGGCCUAGCGGGUGCUAAAAUUUGGCUGGAAUGGCAGAAAGAGAUCGAACUCCUCGCUGACGUUGCCUAUUUCACCCUUACUACCCUUUCAGGUUAUCAAACCCUUGGUGAAGAAUACGUCAACGUGAUCCAAGUAGACCCAUCAAAGAGGAAGGUCCCUUCGUUAAGACGCAGGGCCCUUUCGAUCGCUCUGCACUCCGUCUUGCCUUACUUGUUAGACAAGGGACUGACCACGCUCGAGCAGGAGCUCGAGGCGGUCUCCAGCGGGUUACAGAUUCCGCACCGCCGAACUUUAAGCGCGUCGCAAAGCCGGGCGCUACUCCGAAGCUGGUUGCAGAAACGGGUCAGACGAUUAACCGAGUGGCAGAGAUCGUUUCUCGCUCGGGCUGUCCGUCUCGUCAAGCAAAGCAUCCCGUUUCUCCGGAGGUUCCAUUUAGCUGUCUUUUAUAUGAACGGCAUCUUCUACCAUUUCUCUAAACGGACGACGGGGAUCACAUACUUACGCUCUGUGGGUUUCACCGAAGACAACCAAAACAUUAGGUCGACUUACAAGCUGCUUGGCAUCGUUUCAUUCCUGCAUCUGGGGCUGACCCUUGGCAUCUACGCGUACAACCUCCGACAUCGCCAGAGGGCCCAAAAAGAAUGGAAACUACACCGUAACCCCUCCUAUCAGAUAAGCCAACCCGAAGAGAAGAUUCUUGGCCGCAAUUCGCGUUGCUCUCUGUGCUUAGAAGAACGCCAACAUGCCACAGCCACACCGUGCGGGCACCUCUUCUGUUGGGCAUGCAUCACUGCGUGGUGUAACACCAAGGCUGAGUGUCCUCUGUGUAGAGAGAAAUUAAAUCCCCAGAAGCUUAUUUACCUUCGACACUUCCGGUAAAUGGAUGCCAGUCGGAUUGCAAAGCGUCGAAGAGCCCAACGAGAAUGCAAGCUUUGAACGAGCGCGAGAUGUUAUUUUGACAAUAAAGGGCUGUGAUCAAAUGGAA